AUGGGCCGGAAUCCUGGUUGUUCGGCCGGAUCUCAUCGUCGGCCGUUGGGGACGUCUUUCGUUUCCAACACUGUUUUUGGUGUUGGAACACUAAGUUCCAUUUUUAAACCUCCCCUUCCAGACAGUUUGAGUGAAAGUGUUCUUGUGGUGCAUUCUUGGAUCUCAGACAACGAACAACUCACUAUUCGGUGGCACAAGAGAACUAAGAACAAUUGGAAUGACAAAAUCUAUGGAAGUAAUUCAACUGAAGGGCCGGAUGAUGAAUUUAGAUCUGGUCGACCACUCAUGUUAUCUGAGGACAAAGAUUUUCUUAAGAAAAAUCUACUGCAAUUAAAAAAGAAAUCCCUGUCGAAAGAUGUCACACAGCAUAGUAAUAAUGCAAGCAAAGGUAAACGAUCAACAACGAGCAAACCGAAUACCACAACAUCAAGCUCGGCUGCUAUUGCAACCAAAAGCAAGCCUUUGUCUCUUAACCAAACUGCACGAGAGGAUGACGAUCAUACCAAGAAGACUCGAAGUCGUCGUCACCUAGAUUUUUAUCAAGCAGAAAGUGCAGCUUGCAUAGGUGGCAAAGAAAACGAUGAAGAUCAAACAACCAGCACAUCAUUGGAAAAGGAUGACUCAGCUCGAAUUAAACGUCGGUUGGAACAAGAAAACGAUGAACUUAAGAAAAAAGUUGCUCGUCUGGAAAACGAAAAGGAAGAAGAGCGAAAAAUUCUUAAUGGACAGAUAACGGAACUCGAAAUACAAUUGAAUACACUCGAAGAUGUCUGCAAAGAAAAAACCAACGACGUAUCUGGCCUAAAUGAUACGCUAGAGAAAAUGCACUCCGAUCAACUUCUUCCAACAGUUCUUAUUCAACAUAUCACGGGCCUUAUUGAUGUCAUCAAGGCCGAUUCUGAGAAAAGGCAGGCGGAGCUUUCGCGUCUACAGUCAAUGAAACUGACCACUGUCCCUGCAUCUGCCGUUUCAACUCCUUGUUCUUCUCCACACGCUACUCCCUCGAAGCGAUUAGUAAAGCUUGAUGGUGAUGUAUUUAUUGAUCGAGAUGCACUUAAAAAUGCCGUUGCCUAUGGAUCUACUGCUAAUACGGAUCAUAACCUAAACUUAAUGAUCAACACGAUCUUGGAUGCAUUCUUCACACAAAGCCAAUUGGCAGGCUAUAGUUUAUCGGGAAAGGCGUGCCCAAAUAUGAAGGGGAGUAAACCGAAGCCCAAGAUUCCCUCAAACAUCAUUCAAGCUCUCAAAAAUUUUGUGCGAAGAAAUUGGAAAGAAUGGUACAAAUUGGUACCAACUGACAAAGCAAUAAACAGUGGCGUGGGUGCUAAACUUCGUUCAUGUCAUACGGCAGCUAAGAACAAAGGAAAAAAAUCAUCACUUACCAAACAGCCUUUGUUUAUCGGAGAUAAUGACAGCGAAGAUGACAACGGUAAUUCUAAAGAUGGUGUUGACGAUAACGAAGACAAUAUUUCCGUACGUAGUUCUGAUUUUGAAAAUGAAGACUCGUCAUCACAAGCUGCCGAAGAAAACGACGUUAUCUAGCUUAUAUGUGUUCUCCACUGUCAUUUAUCAUCUUCCACAGCUUUUGGUCUGAUUGUCAACUUGAUUUAUUUAUUAUUCCAGUUUCGGCGUUUUAAUAACCUGCCCCUUUUUUAUAACCGUUACCUUUUAUUGUUCGUCGUUGAUAUUAUGUAUACUGCCUCCGGCCUCUCUACUUACGGUUAAUUUUCUUUGUGACUUAUUUAAUUAAGUCAUACAUGGAAGAGUUUUUGUAUGCGCAAUAGCAAACUCGUGUGCAAUAAACAGAA